AUGACCGAUAAUUGGGAUCCAGCAAAGCCACUGGUAGCACGUCAGCCACUGAAGUUCGUUUAUAUACUCUACUAUAUCCUCACGAGUGCAGUCAGUGUUCCAACCUGGGCUAUACUGUACGGAAUCCCGUUUCUGAGGCCGGUCUCGUCAUGGUCCUACAAAACAGCUCUCGUCAACAAAAUCUCCUAUCAUCUUUUGAAAUUUCUUAGCAUGAUCCGCAUUCAAACACCACAGCCUAUUACUCCAGGAAAUGAAACAGACCUCUUCGUGGUACUGGAACCAGCAAAGGAUCUCAAGAAGACCUACACUGGGCUUCUCGACAACCCACAGAUCCAGCCUACAACGGUUGGUGCGUUCUGGAUUCCUAAUCUUAAGCACUUGGCAUCUGCGACUUCGUCAACUAAUAGUAACUGGAUUAUCCUUCAUUUUCAUGGCGGUGCAUACGUUCUACUCACCCCAAGAGAUCCUGCCGUGCAGCGAGGGCCCAGACAGCUUUGCGAAGAACUCCCAGCAGACGCUGCCUUAUGUCUAGACUAUAGACUCUCCUCGAAACCCAAGAGCAGCUAUCCGGCGCAACUUCAAGAUGCUCUUACUGCCUACAACUACCUCAUUCACGACCAACAGAUUUCGCCAUCCCGAAUUCUAGUUUCAGGUGAUUCUGCUGGCGCUCAUCUUGCCAUCACUUUCCUUCGUCAUCUCACAACCCACCCAGAGAGCGGACUGCCAUUACCUCGGGCUCUUUUACUACAUAGUCCAUGGCUUGAUCUAACUGAGAAGAAAUUAUCUGUUGACAAUAUUCAAAAAGGACGAGACUAUGUUUCUGAUGCCUUUGUGCAAUGGGGUGCCACAACAUUCACACCUGCCGGAUCACCGCGGGAUGCAGAAUUUGUGAGCCCAUUCUAUCAUCCCUUUACCAGCCCUAUUCCGAUCUGGGUUCAAGCCGGAGGUGUUGAGACGCUCUAUGCCACUAUCGUGGAAUGGGUUAACAAAAUGAGGAAUGCCGGAUCUGCAAUUGAGUUGUACACUAUGGAGGAUAUGCCGCACGAUGUUUUUCAUUUGUCGACUGGAAUGGGUUUGGAGACUGAGGCACGGAAAGCUCUUCGUGCUGCAAAGGCUUUCCUGAUUAAGGACUCAAUACAGGUCAUCUAUUUUACACAAUUGUCUCGAUUGUGA